UAAAGUGCAGUGUCAGUCAUGGGUUGCACACCGUCCAAAGCCGACAUCACCUACUCGCACGUGCGAGUGAGUCGCGAUCUAGACACCUGCUCCACAUUCGUUCCCAGUUUAAAGACCUCCGUGUCCACGCCGGAGAGACCCUCACCGCAGUUCUGCGUCGAGACGAGCAGUGGGAAGCAAACUUUUCUCAGUGUUCCUAGUCGUGACUGUUAUGGGCGCUCCGUGAGUCAGCCCAGCUGCCCGGACGAGUGGAGUACCGUGACGGUAAGCAGCGGCAGCCCGUUCGGUCCAGCUCGAGCACGCGCGCAGGCAAGCUGCACUGACAGCGACUCUGAGGACGACGGCACAUCACCCAGCAGUAAACGAUGAUAGUUAUUAUCGUGGGCCCAUUACACUGUAUUUUUAAUGAAGCUAUUUUACAGUAGCAGAGAGGACAGAGUUAUUCAUUGAUCUCUUUUCUUGAAUUUAUAAUUUUCGGAGUAGAAUAUGAGCGUAAUAUAUAAUUAACCAAAAUAACAUUUAGUUUAAAAUGACCACCUUGCUGUUUAAAACAAUGGAACCAUCACCAAUGUAAAUUCUAAAAGAUCUAAUGGUUAUUAUGGGGUUUUAAUGGAAACGUGUGCUGGUGGGAUGUUAUCUAAGAUCAUGGGUAAAGCAACAUCCUACUGGAAUUAGGACCAAAACAGACAUAAACGAGUUUUUGUAGCUAUUUGUAAUGGAAAGCACUAAAAUUCGAAUAUAGAAAUGUUUAUUUCAGCAGAAUGUUUUAUUACAAAAAGUAACUUUAAAUUUUUGUAUAUAGUACUAUAAAUAAUUUAUUUAAAGCUGCGAAUAUUGUGCGCAAUGUGCAAGUCUCGCGGUAUUUGGCGUUGAAUUCCGCGUGAGUUGGAGGAUUCGGGACAAGCGAAGAGGGGGAAAUGGAGAUAUGAGGUCUGAAAAGGAGCAGAGAACAGGAAGCAGGGAGAGAGGCAGCGUCGAGAUCCAGUUCAGGGAGUGUCAGAGGGAGCAGGACAACAUCGCAGUGAACCCGAAGCAAAAGGAGGAAAAGAAGGAGGUGUUCACAAAGGUUGUCAUACGCCGACUGCCGCCCAGUCUGUCAAAAGGCCAACUUGAGGAGCAUUUGAGUCCUCUUCCAACUUUUGAUUAUUUUGAGUUUUUCCCUGCUGAUCAGAGCUUAUACCCACAUCUCUUCUCAAGAGCAUACAUCAACUUUAAAAACCCAGAAGAUAUCAUUAUUUUCCGAGAUCGUUUUGAUGGAUAUGUAUUCAUUGAUAAUAAAGGCCAAGAGUUUCCUGCUGUUGUAGAAUUUGCACCAUUUCAGAAAGUUUCGAAAAAGAAGUUAAAGAAAAAAGAUGCUAAAGCAGGGACCAUUGAAGAAGACCCCGAAUACAAACGAUUUUUGGAAAACUACUCUUGUGAUGAGGAGAAGUCAAUGGCCAACCCAGAAACCCUGUUGGGGGAGAUUGAAGCUAAAACCCGAGAACUCAUAGCCAAAAGGACAACACCAUUAUUGGAAUACAUUAAAAACAAGAAGUUAGAGAAACAGAGAAUAAGAGAGGAAAAAAGAGAAGAGCGACGAAGGAGGGAGCUGGAGAAGAAGCGUCAGAGGGAGGAGGAGAAACGGAAACGCAGAGAGGAGGAGAGGCGAAAGCGCAAGGAGGCCGACAAGCAGAAAAAGCUCUCAGAGAAGGAGAUAAAGAUCAAGCUUUUGAAAAAGUGUGACAGAGAUGAUGAUGUGGACUCAGACAGACUGAAAGAUAAAGGAGACAGCGGAGAGACAGAAAAGAACAGAUGGGAAAAGCCGCCAGGAUACACCAAGUCAAAGGAUCCUAAGGAUAAAGCUCCAAUUGAAAACGACAAAGAGCAACGGGAAAAUCACGGCCGCCGUCAGAGGGACAAAGAGCAUCGCGGAAGAGACGAGGAUCGCAAACGACAAAGGCAUCACUACGAGUUCGAUAAGUUCAUGCGACGCAAAGAAGAGACCAAAUGGGGCAAAGGCUAUUGCCAGGACAGGGCCAAGAAAGACCAACAUCACGGCUAUUCCUACUGCCCGGACACAGGGGACAAACUCGGCAAAGAUGACCGAGAAGACAUGGGCAACAGAAAAGAACGCAUUCGUAACAAGUCUGUGUUAGUGCAUCAGGACAAAAGGACUUCCCAGUCUGAGGGGCCAGACCAGAUAGGAGGGGCUCUGCCAGCAAAGGACCGACCGGCAAUGCAGCUGUACCAACCUGGCGCCCGAAACCGCAAGCGCAUGGGCUCUGGGAACAAGACCUUCGACUUCCCGCCUAUUUCUCCUGAUCACGGAGGAGAACACUACAAGUCCGUCAUAGGGACAGGCUCAGAGAAAAGCGCUGAUGAGUGAAAGCAGACCACAGCAGGAAAGAGUUAACUUGUAGAAGCAGAGGCCACAUCGGUAUGACAGGAAGAAUGCUAAACUUCAACCUUUUAUCUGUUUUCUCUGUAAAAUGUGCGAGUUGAGUGCAACCCCACAUACUUUUUUGGAGAACAAAGGGAUACGUUCAGAAAUGAAUAUUCUGUCAACCCUCUUCACCUUUACCAACACUUCCCUCGUGUCGUUCCAAACAACUUCUGAGAAACUGGAUAGAGAAAAAAAAUUAUAACUUUUCUACAAUAGCAUUAUAGACGUAUUAUAAAGUAUGCCACUCGUGCACCAUAUUUAAGUGUUUUGAUGCCUUUGUGUGAAUUAUGUGACCAUUUCUGAAGUUCAUAGUUUCAGCCUUUAUCUUUAUUAUAUAGAAUAAAAUGGCCAGAAACAUUUCUUCCUUUGUGUAAUUCACAUAUAAAAAGUCAGAUUUAAAAAGUGCACAAGGAUGAGUAAAUAAAUAAUUAAUGAAUUCUCAUUUGACACUGAUAACUUUAACUCAAGUCUUUUAUAAACUGUCAUUAUUAGGUGCAAGUAGUUAUAAAUUGAUAAGCUUUUACUUGUCAAAGAUACCUGAUUCGUAUUUAAGCCACUUCAUUAAGAAAUACCUCAUUAUUUACAGAGAUUUGUAUGCCUUUUGUAGUGCAAAUAUAUGGAUUCCCUUAGAGAAGAGUAUAUAUAGUAUAGCCUAGAGAUUUUACUGUACAGAAAUGUGUCUUGUGAAAUCUGUAUUUUAAAUAUAUGAACUGUAUCUUUUGAGUUAUAGUUAAAUUUACAGAGAUAUUUUUUCUUUUAGAAAUAAAAAUCAGUGCAAGAGUGAAACAUGUAAGCAUGCAACGUGGCAUUUCACAUUUUCAUACUGUAAUAUGCCUUUGAAUGAUGCCUCUAUUGUCCUUAUCAUAGAUAUUGUGGCUUUAAGUGUAUUCAAAUAUAUAUAUAUCUUAUAUCUUACAUCCGAAUAUUGUUUCAUCUGCGAGCCAAGAAGAACAAAAUGAGAUCAGAUAUUAUGUUGUUUCUAAACAGUGUGCAUGUUUCAAAGGAGUCAUUCAUAUGUUAUACGAUACUUGGGGUCACAUGCCUUACCUAUAUUUUGCACUUGAAGACCCCAUCUAUUAUUUAAUACAAAAUUACAGAUUAAGAGUUAUUAUUUAGUUAACUAAACUAGUGAACUCUGUAGAAUACUUUGAAACUGUGAUAAUGUAUUUUAUUUCCCAUUUGUGUACAAUAAAGAUAUUAUAUAAUGUAA